AUGCUCGGAUCUCCGGCGGCCAACCUCAUCCUCUCUCGCACCGGCGGAGCUGGUGCCGGCCGCUUCCUCGUCGCCGCAGCCGCACGACGAGCGCCCAUCCAGAGGUUCUCGCCCGCCGCCGCACGCCCCUUCCACUCAUCGGUGUCGCGCCUGGCCGCCAACCCGCAGUCGAGCAAGCCCGCCUCGGACUCGUGGCAGCACACCAAGCAAAACAUCAAGGAGGAGGUCAAAUCGGUCAAGUCGAGCAUCGAGAGCUCCAUCGCCGGCGCCAGCGGCACCGGCGCCGGAGGAGACCAGGCCGCCUCCAAGCAGGACGCUGGAGAGACGUCCAGGUCCGGCGCCGCAGAGAUCCUCAAGGAUGCCAAGUCCAUCACGGGCGAAAUGGCCCAGGCCGUACCCCGGCCGGCGCUCCUGUGGGGCGGUGCGGGCGCCAUCCCCUAUGUCACAACGGCCGGCGCGUCCAUCUGGCUGGCGCGCCAGGAGCACCUCGUCAACCUCGGCUACGACAAGACCAUGGACAGCGAGACGGCCAGCGCGCUCCUCCUCCACGCCCAAAACAUCCAGGUCGGCUUUGGCGCCGUGCUGCUCAGCUUCCUGGGCGCCGUCCACUGGGGCUUCGAAUUCAGCAAGUACGGCGGCGAGCUGGGCAACCGGCGGUACGCCGUGGGCGUGCUGCCCGUCGUGCUGGCGUGGCCCACGCUGCUCCUGGCGCCGCAGAUGGCGCUGAUUGCGCAGUGGGCCUCGUUUGUCGCCAUGUGGUUUGUCGACCUGCGCGCCACAAACGACGGCUGGGUGCCCAAGUGGUACUCGACCUACCGCUUCUGGCUGACGCUUGCUGUGGGCUCCAGCAUCAUUGCCACGCUGGCUGGCACCAACUACUACGCGCCCGGCAGCCGCAGCACCAUGGCGGCCACGGCGGGCAAGCUGCAGGAGGAGGUGCAGGCCGACGGCCCCACCAAGAUGAAGCUGCUCCAGCGCAGCGCCAAGGGCAACAAGGGCGGCAUCAUCAAGCACCAGGAGGUCGGGGGCGACGUCGAGGCCACCAGCGCCGGCGCAGAGGGUGACAGCUACGUCAAAAUCGGCAACCCAAAGAGGCAGGAGGAGGAGCGCAAGGAGAAGGAGGAGGAGGAGCGCAAGAAGAAAGAGGAGCAGGCCAAGAAGAAGGCCGAGGAGGACAAGCAGGCGCAGAACAAGGACAAGAGCGGCAGCGGCGGCGGCGAGGACAAGAAGGACAAGGGCGGCGAUGACGGCGACAAGAAGGACAAGAAGGACCAAGGCGGCGACGACGAGUAA